GUAUUGAGGUUCUUUCAAUCCAUGAGUAGAAAACCCAAUGAUAUGAUGUUCUAACUCAAUUGCUAUGAAUAAACUACUUUUGGACGGCGAAAGAAAAAACUGCCCAGAUCUCGAUAGCUUUGAUUUAUUUGCUUAGCAAGUGACUAUCUGAAAUAAACAACUAGAAUGUGGAUAGUGGUCGAUCAUUAGGUUUUGGCUUCACUCGCUUCAUUCUUUGCUUAGUUAUGGGCAUCCCCAGCAGAGUGUAGCGCCAAAUUAACAAAAUGCAGCCUGAGACAAACAGCUCCCUGGUUCACCUAUUUUGAGGUGUACUCAAUAUGUGUAUGAGAAAAUCCAGUCUAGGAUACUUCAGAGUUGCCAGAAAGAGCCUAAAUGUUUUAUUCAAUAAAACGUCAAUAUCAUCAUCAUCUAAUGCAUUCACAAAUGUUUCACCUCUGGGCUGCACUAUGUUUAUCUGGUUCACUGGUUUCAUACAUAUGUUUCAGUUUCCAUUCUCAACUGGUACAAAAAAACACCAAGAAGAUUUGAAUAUUGUAUCGGUACGUCAGAUUAUCCAAGAUGAAAGAUGGGACGAUUUUAGACUUGUUGGGUUUUUUAGUUCUGUUUUAGCCCCUGCUAGAGUUUCUAGGAUUUUAGUAGAGUUAAAGGAGGAACCAUGUCUAGCUUUUAAGUUUUUUAAUUGGGCAGCUAAGCAAGAUGGUUAUGGUGGUACAGCGGAGUCGUAUUGUAUUCUUGUUCAUAUAUUAUUUGCGUCUAGAAUGUAUUUUGAUGCACAAGAGGUUUUGAAAAGUUUGAUUUAUAAGAGAAGGGUUUUGCCUGGUUUUGAUGUUUUUGAUGUAAUGUGGUCGACGAAAGGUGUUUGCAAGACGGGUUUUGGAGUCUUUGAUGCGUUGUUUAGUGUCUUGACCCAUUUAGGUUUGUUUGAAGAAGCCAAUGAGUGUUUUUCAAAGAUGAGAAAAGUUAAGAUUUUGCCGAAGGCAAGGUCUUGUAAUGUUUUUUUGCAUAGAGUUUCAAAGUCUGGUCAAUCAAACUUGUCGAGAAAGUUUUUUAACGACAUGAUUGCAGCCAAGAUUAUACCGUCGGUUUUCACUUACAAUAUUAUGAUAGAUGUUAUGUGCAAGGGAGGGGACUUAGAGACAGCGAGGAGUUUGUUUGAGCAAAUGAAGAAAAUGGGUUUGACACCAGAUGUUGUUACAUAUAAUACGCUAAUUGAUGGGUAUGGGAAGUUCGGACAACUACAGGAAGCGCUGUGUAUAUUCGAGGAAAUGAAGGUGACAGGUUGUAAUCCUGAUGCGAUAACUUACAAUGCUUUGAUAAAUUGUUCUUGUAAAUCUGAACAGAUUCCUAAGGCCUUUUGGUAUCUCCGUGAUAUGAAGGAGAAAGGGAUCAAACCAAAUCAAGUUACCUAUAGUACGUUAAUAGAUGGUCUUUGUAAGGAAGGGAUGCUUCAAGAGGCAAACAAAUUUUUUGCUGGUAUGCGAUUGGUAGGACUCUUCCCUAAUGAGUUCACAUAUACUUCUUUAAUAGAUGGAAACUGCAAAGCUGGCAAUCUUACAGAAGCUUUGGAGCUGUUUAGUGAAAUGGUGAAGACAGGAAAAGUUUUGAACAUUGUUACUUACACGGCAUUAAUAGAUGGGCUAUGUAAAGAAGGGAAGGUGGAGGAAGGCGAAAGGGUUUUCAGGGAUAUGUUAAAAACUGGAAUUGUUGCGAACCAGCUUAGCUACACUGCCCUGGUUCAUGGGUAUUUCAAGAAGAAGAUGGCAGAGAAGGCUGUAGUUUUAUUGAAAGAAAUGAGUGAAGAAGGCAUCAAAGCUGACAUAUCUCUCUAUGGAACAAUCAUUUGGGGACUUUGUGAGCAAGGAAAGCUUAAAGAAGCCACCAUUUUAAUGGAUGAAAUGAUAUAUGGUGGUUUAAAGUUGAAUCAUUUUAUCUACACAACAUUAAUGGAUGCUUAUUUCAAGGCAGGAAAGGCCCGGGAAGCUCUCAGUCUCUUAGAUAAGAUGCAGGAAGUGGGUGUUGUCCCCUCAGUUGUGACUUAUUGUGUCUUGAUUGAUGGUCUGUGCAGGGUCGGGAUGGUAGAAGAAGCAUCCAAUCAUUUUGAAAGGAUGGGAGAUGUGGGUUUGCAUCCUAACAUGGUUGUUUUUACGGCUCUCAUCGAUGGACUUAGUAAGAAUUAUUCUUUGGAAGAAGCAAAGAAUUUGUUUCAUAUAAUGGCGGGGAAGGGUAUGAUUCCUGAUAAAUUUGCUUACACAUCUCUGAUGGACGGAAAUUUGAAGCAUGGAUAUCUUCAAGAAGCUUUUGACCUGCGGGACAAAAUGUUGGAAAGUGGUAUUAAGCUCGAUCUUCAUGCUUAUACUUCGUUAAUAUGGGGGCUUUGUCAAUAUGAUCAAGUAAAAGAAGCACGGGCUUUGCUGGCUGAGAUGAUAGAGCAGGGCAUUCUUCCAGAUAAAGCUGCUUAUAGUUGUCUUAUCAGAAAGUAUCACCAGCAGGGAAAUGCGGAUGAAGCUAUUGAAUUACAUAAUGAGAUGUCUGAAAGGGGACUGAUCACAGGCAUUAAUGGUCAUGCAGUACCAAAUAAAUGAAUGUAAAAUAUGCGAGCAGCAAUAUCCUAAUUUUCCAUACAUGGUUGCAAGGCACAGAGGGACCUGACCUGUGAUGUUGGAUAAUAAUCUAAAAGGGAAAUCUUUUGGCUUCGAGAAGUUCAGGCAGUCCAAUACGUCAGCCAUCGCCAUCCAUGAAUUUAUGAUAAGUUAGCGAUGAAAACAUCGUAAAAGCUGCAAUGGUGCACAUCAAUUCUUCUGACAUCUACUCAGGGCAUCUGCAUCACCAAUUUGGUCGUCUGGCCCUUGAUUAUAAUCAUUGGGUGGACAAUAUUUGUUAAGUGUUUCUUCAAGGUUCAUCAUAAACAACACUAGCAAUCAAGCUAGCGUUAGUUGGAGGCCCGAGGACAGGGAACUUGCAGGGUCAGUAGGAAUUUUUGAAACUGAGCAGUUGGGCUAUGGAAUAAAAACUUCAACAAAGCUUGUUGUUAAGUGCAUUAACAAAAACCGAAGUGUAGUUAGUUAAUGACAAUAGUGGUUACUGAAUGUUGUAUACCUAUGUAAAUCAUCAAUUAUAAUUCUACUGCUGAUUGUAAGCUCCCCUCAGUUAAUAUAUUGGUGUCUAAUGAGAUACAUGUAUAUGACUUGGCUAGAAAAAAAAACUAAAUAUAUGCUUCCUGAGUUGUAUAUGUGUAUCCUAUAUGUGUAUCUUAGACUGAGACGAUUAUUUGCACAGCAUCGCGAUGGAUCUGUGAAUAUUUGAUUUUGUUA